UGGCUGCACUGACUGCACCUUGAGGAAGCGAGGCUGGGAAUUGUGCGGAGAUUAUUUAGCUCUAUCCUGCAUUUUAUAUACUCUCGUUGUGCGAUGAUGGAGGCAGCUAGCAACAAAAUCUACAAGUCAAGACUAUUUACAUCAAAUGUUCUUUUACAGAAAGAUGAAUUGGAGGAGAGAUUAGAGAAGUGUCACGGCCUUCUCACUUCUGUUGUUUCCAACCUGUCUGAAAAUGAAGCUCACGAUGCUCUAAAUCAAAUGGUGUCCAAAGGUCCACAGCAGCAUGAGGAAGCAUCUCUUGGUCUGCUUUAUAUUAUAUUAGUGGAACAAACUGCUGCACCAAAGGCUUACAGAGAUCUGACAUGUAUUACAAGAGAUGGAUUGAGUUUGAUUAUGACAAGAUUGAUUGGAAUUGUCACAGAGAAGCUGAAUAAGCUACUUGAUGCUGUUAGAACACAGGUAUUGUGGCUUUCUAAUGAACUCAUUAAGAGCACUGUUCCUGGUGUGGAAGGACUCUGUCAAGUUCUCCUUAGGCAAAUUUCUGGAGGUGAUAAUUCACCCUCGAAUGUCUGGCUCGCAGAAAAUGUAUUAGGAUUGUUGAACACCAACAGAGCUUGGCUGGAGAAAAACCCUAUACUCUUGGCCACUGCUGUGUAUACUUACCUUAGAUUAUUAGAGGAUCAUGAAGCAGCGCCAUUCAAGAACUUACGACAAAUGGAAAUUGAAUUCUGUUCCUCCUUGUUGAAAGAAAGGUUUGCAGACUGCAUUCCUAUUGGACGAGACCUUGUGCGACUGCUUCAAAAUGUGGCUAGAAUACCAGAGUUCAAUGCACUGUGGAAGGAUAUUGUACACAAACCUCAGUCGCUGUGUCCACAGUUUACAGGUAUUGCUCAGUUGCUUCACACAAGAACUUCUCGAAAGUUCCUCGCAUGUAGACUGCAUCCUGAGAUGGAGAACAAGAUUUUGUUUUUAACGUCUAAGGUUAAGUUUGGUCAGCAGAAAAGAUAUCAGGACUGGUUUCAAAAGCAGUAUCUGUCCACCCCUGAAAGCCAGAGCCUGCGGGGAGAUCUGAUUCGCUACAUUAUUGGUGUGGUGCAUCCUUGUAAUGAAGUGCUGUGUUCUGAUAUUAUACCACGAUGGGCCAUUAUUGGCUGGCUUUUGACAUCUUGUCAGACUGCAGUUUCUACAGCAAAUGCUAAACUUGCCUUGUUCUUUGACUGGCUCUUUUAUCAACCAGAUAAAGAUAACAUUAUGAAUAUUGAACCUGCUAUUUUGUUGAUGCACCAUUCUAUACGAAGUCACCCAGCAAUCACAAGUACCUUGAUGGACUUUCUCUGUCGGAUUAUUCAAAAUUACAGCACUUUACCUGAUGUUCAAGUUAAACAGGGAGUUAUCAAAGCAUUUCGGCAUAUUCUCAGUAAAAAAGUUGUAAUGUCCUUGUCUCCUUUGUUUGACAACCCUAAGAUGGACAGAGACCUUAGAAGUUUGAUAAGAAACACCUUGGCUGAGUUCUGUGACUCAGGUUCAAAACUUGAAGAAUCAUCAACAUCAGCGUUUAGCAAAGUAGAGAGCUCCUCAGCUUCUUCAUCAAGUGAUAUGCUCAGUUCACUGGGAUCCAGAAUGAUGGAGGCAGACACGAGUAGCAGCUCAAAGGACACUGAAUUGGCGGACAGUGGGGUUGAUGAAGAGCUGGAGCCACCUGACGAAGAAGCUGUGUUCUCUGACCCUGAUGAGGACGAGGACAGUGACAUGACAGCCAACAAAUCAGACAACAGUAAAGAGAAGGACUACGAGUUUAAACCAAUUGAAAAGGAAGCUUUAGAUGAGAAUGAAGAAAGAGAUAGCAAUGAAGAUAUCACUGAGCUUGAAGAUCUUGAGAAUUUGGGAGAUGAUCUGAAAGAGCUGGUUAUUAAAUUCUCUCAACAAAGCGACCCGGCAGUGCGAUCCAACAAAAUGGAAGAUAUCCUUAAAUGUAUUGAAUCCCUGGAUGAAUUUGAAGAUGAAACAGCAAAGUCUUUAGCAGUUUGUCUCAACUUUUGCCUGAUAGAUGAAUUAAUGACUCCAUGUAUCUCAAAGGACAGGAAUCCAGAGGACUGUCUAGAUGGACCAAUCUAUGUGCUGUGUCGGAGUAUCUGUGUUCUUCCCACCCAUGAUGUUGGUAGAGAGAGACACCUGACAUUGCUAGGGGCUCUACACACAGUGGAUCAAAAGUUUGGCUAUCGUUUUCUCUUCUUCCUAAAAGCAAGUGUUACAGAUGACGAGCGGCUCACAAUAUACGAGGACUUUGCGAACACGUUCCGAGGAGAGAAGACACUUCAAGGAUGCAUAAGAGAUGAUUUGAAGGUUUGCCAGGAUUAUGAUAUCAAGGCCUUCCGCUAUAUCAUAUGCUCUAUUUACAAAAAGUUUCCAGAAUACGUUGUAGGAAACUCUGAAGUUCUUCACAUGCUUGUUGGAACCAUGGAGCCAAGACAGUUAAACCAGCUGAUGAGUGAGAUAACUUUGGGGGAAUUGACAGUAUUUGGAGAGGAUAGCAAACUUGACACCUUGCUAGAGAGUACUCUAGAAUGGGAGUCAUUUGAACAGCAGUGUGUGUGGCACCUUAUCCAAGCUGAGGAUGUGUUGCUGGAGUCAUUUGUCAAUAUUCUUCCUUCACUUAAAAAGGAUCUGCAUGCGGAGGCUUUGUCAAACUUACUUAUUCUCAUGAAAAGUGUUGCUCCUUCUGCGGACCUUGUUAUUCCAGUCUUAUCAAUGGAAUGUUCCGAAAAAAGGCCUGGAAACCAGUUUAGCGUUUCGCUGCUUAGAUACUGGGCACAGGAAUACCCAAGAGAACUUGCACAACUGAUUGGCCAACAGCUUUGUAAACAAGCCUCAGCAAGCAAGAAAAGAAAAGGUGCUAAAAGUCAGCUAGGUACAAAUUUGGAGCUUGUACUGAGCCAUUUGGACUGGCUUCACAAGAUAUGCCAAGAGCAAGAAGAUUUGAGCUUUUUCAAACACGAUGGCCUGAGAUCUGCUUUAGAUCAAGUCAAGCAAACUGCAAGCGAAGCAAGAAAAAAUAAGUUUAAGCAGUUAUUUUCAAUGUGUGAAGAUAAAGACAGCAGGAAAAGGACUACACGGGCAUCCAUUCUAGCUGCUAACAGGGCAGCAUCAUCUUCCUCUGAAAGUGAAGAGGAAGAAGAACAAGCAGUGAAACCUCGCAACGCUAAGCGAAGGAGGAAAGCCAACACCACUGUUGAUUCAGACAGUGAUGAAUAGUAAUAAAUCGCUCUCUUGCUGUUUUUUACCCAUGGAUUGCUCUCUCUGUAAGAGUGCGUAAUAACGGCAGCAUCGAUAGAAGGAAGCGAAACGUUUUGGCUCCCGGAAUGAAUUAGGCUGCGUUAAAUGUGGACUUGAAAAUGACGUGCUCGAGUUAAACUUGCAAGGAUCUAGAAAUUGCGCAGGUAAAUGAAAUACUUGAAAUUUCGGCAGUCGGCAUCCUGCAAGGUGAUCAAACCACGAUCUAUAAAGUGGAGUUGAAUGAUCUUCUCAGUCCACUCAAACAAUCAGUGAUGCAUAUUUAGCCAUUUCUACUUUUUCAACAUUGUAACUCUUGAGUACUGCCUUUAUGUUCCUUUAGGGGAAGAAAACUCUGUCCUCUUUAAACAUAGUAUUUUCAUCCAUUUUACCUUCACCUUAAUGCACUACAUCUGCCUUUAAUUGGUAUUUUCAUAAUCCAAAAAGAUUGGAGUUUAGUGCAAACUAAACAAUGAACGAAGAAACUCUUGCUAUUCGAUUAUAUCUCUGUCUUUGCGGAGGUCUGGGUGCUUAUUCACUGGAAUUUUUCUCAUACCAAGAAGAGUUUCAACAAAGUUCUUGUUUCAUUCUGAGAACUCUCGUUCAACGAAGUGUUGUGUUCUCUUACUAAGUAACAUAAAGGGCUGGAGUAUUUGCUCCUUUCCUCGGCACGAUCUUCCUCGCCGGCUGCAAGAUACAAGAACACGAAACGUAUUUCGAUCACUACUUCACGUUAACGCGGUUUUGACCUCUAAAAAAGUGACCAGCAUCUAAUUUCUCCUCACAAUCACACAUUAAGGUCUCGAGAAUAAAGGAAAGGACCACUAACUAAAGGAACUGUUCAUUGAUAAAGAAGUUCUCCUUGUCAGCACUUUGGGAAAUGUAUGGAGAAUAGUAUGGAGAAUAUGGAUAUUGAUAUUAAGGUGAAAAUAGUUAAACAGGAAACGAAACAGUCAGAAAUUACUUGGGAACCCUGUGGAGCAACUACGUUUCAUCUUGCCUAGAACUUAAAUUCGUGUAGCACACCGGCGUAGCCAGAAAGGUUCCGGCGACGCUAAUAUCCAGUCAUCUCGACCGCACAAGUUGGUCAAUA